GAAAUUUGAGUCAAAAAAGAAAAAUCUCCCUCCAUCUGCCAAAGGUGUCAGGAAAAACGUUUUCUCCAUUUUCCAUGUUUACUCUUGUCUCACCGGCGUUAGUCUUUAGGUUUUUUGAAGUAUUAUUGUGAAUGCGGCACACCUCAACUACUAAUCUCUUCGUUGUCUCUAUGGCUGCGGAAUCCCAAUCGCAGAAGAAGACUUACUGUGUCGUCGGAGAUAUCAUGAUUAUACCCAAGGACUUCGACCUCUCUCCUACCAAGGACCGUCAAAUUAACCUUCAACUCAACUUCCCUGAUGUCGGACGAGUCUUUAAUGAUUUUAUCAGGACUCGAGAAGUUGGUGAAUUUUUCAGUGGGGCUUUGGCUGGGGCGAUGACCAAGGCCAUUCUAGCUCCUCUUGAAACCAUCAGGACAAGAAUGGUAGUUGGUGUUGGGUCCAGAAACAUUGGUACAAGUUUUGUUCAGGUUAUUGAACAGCAGGGUUGGCAAGGGCUGUGGGCAGGUAACACAAUUAACAUGCUACGGAUAAUUCCCACACAAGCAAUUGAACUCGGGACAUUUGAGUGUGUCAAGCGAGCAAUGACUUCGGCACAAGAGAAAUGGAUGGAUACUGGUAGCCCCAAGCUGCAGAUUGGUAAUGCUAGCCUGAGCUUUUCUCUCUCAUGGCUAUCGCCAGUUGCUGUUGCUGGUGCUGCUGCUGGAGUUGUAAGCACACUUGCAUGUCAUCCGCUGGAAGUGCUGAAGGAUCGGUUGACGGUGAGUCCUGAGGUCUACCCCAGCCUACGCAUUGCAGUUCACAAGAUUUACAAGGAGGGUGGAAUUGCAGGCUUGUAUGCUGGACUUGGGCCAACAUUGAUUGGCAUGCUCCCAUAUAGCACUUGCUACUAUUUCAUGUACGAGACAAUUAAGAAAUCAUACUGCCGUGCACAAAAGAAAGAAUCUCUAAGUCGUGCGGAGAUGCUUCUAGUUGGAGCUUUCUCAGGUUUAACAGCUAGCACUAUUAGUUAUCCAUUGGAGGUGGCGAGAAAGCGGCUAAUGGUGGGUGCUUUACAAGGUAAAUGUCCACCUCACAUGGUCGCAGCACUUUCAGAAGUUAUUAGGGAGGAGGGUUUGUUAGGCCUUUAUAGGGGCUGGGGUGCAAGUUGCCUAAAAGUAAUGCCAUCAUCAGGCAUUACUUGGACUUUCUAUGAAGCUUGGAAAGAUAUAUUGCUUGUUGAUAGACGUCAUGUGUAACAGCAGACAAAUAGUAGCACAGGAAAUGAAAUCUUAUUAUUAUGCGCUCAAGCUAGAAGCUGGUGAUGGUAAGAGUUAAACGUGGUAUCUGUCAUCAUGAGAUUUGUUAUUGAUGCGCAUCCACAAAUUUUGCUUCCCAUCUUCCCUGCUCUUCCGUGGGCACAAAGAAAUUUCUUUAACAUUUCUGUAAACGACAGAAUAUGCAUUUAUGAUUAUUGCAAGAAUUACAAGCUUUUGCCUUGGGAAUUUCU